AUGUCUUGGAGUCUAACAUUGAGAUUACUUGCUACCUCUGCUUUGGCAGUAGUGGCAGGUUUUCUCACAAUUACACUCCCAUAUCUCUUCUUUGGUGCCUUCACUUUUCCCGUCAUUGGAUUUGAGGUCAACCCUACGGUUGCCUUCCUUGCCCUCUUCUUUUUUCGUUACUGGCGCCUCCUCGUUCAUAUAAUUUCCUUCUGUCUGUAUAAGCCGGUAUCGAGGGCCGUCAACCCGCGGUAUACUGCCAUGGAUGUUACAGUCAUCUGCCCCACGAUCGAGCCGUUUGGGGACGUCUUUCGCCGCUGUAUCGAGUCGGUUUGUUCACAACACCCCGCUGCUUUCUAUAUCGUUGUUGGUGGAGCUGGUCUUAUUGCUACGGCCGAAAAGACUUGCGUAGAUCUUCGCCUCAAAUAUCCUCAUGUCGAUAUUCAAGUUCACGCUUCAAGCGAGCCAGGGAAGAGAAAGCAGGUCGACACAGUCAUUCCACGGAUCAGGACAGCAAUAACGUUGUCGAUCGAUGAUCACGUUUUUUGGCCUGUUCAAAAGCCGUUCCUGCCUUCUGUACUGGCUCCUUUCGAAGAUCCUAACAUCGCACUUGUUGGUACCAACAAGCGCGUUCUCGUCAAACUAAAUCAAAGCUGGUGGAUAACAUUCUGGAACAUGAUUGGAGCACUUUAUUUGGAACGACACAACUUCGAGAUCGCAGCUUCAUCUUGGAUCGAUGGUGGUGUAUUUACCGUGAGUGGCCGAACUUACGCUGUUAGGAGCGAGAUUCUUAAGAAUCCUGAAUUCCGUGAGCGAUAUCUACACGAGAUGUUUCUACGUUGGGGUCCGAUCAUGCCAGACGAUGAUAAUUUCCUAACGAGGUUUAUCUACGAGAAGGAGCGUGAAAUCCGUAUACAAUUCGAGCCCGAGUCUCUUGUAGAAACAACACUUGGGUGGUACCCCAAACACAUCUACACAUCUUUCAGAUGGGCUCGCACAACAUUCCGCUCUAAUCCGAAGAGCCUCAUGAUGCGGAAAAUAUGGGCCCAUCAGCCUUGGUCGAUCUAUGCUGUAUACAUCUCAGGCAUGACCAAUUUCGCACUGCCUACCGAUAUCUUGCUAUGCUACCUUUACGAUCGUAGCCUAUUGAACAGCGGUUGGCAUAGUACGAGGUUUAUAGUCGGUUUCAUUGUCCUCAGUAAAUUGGUCAAGACAGCUCCAUACUUCCGCCGCUAUCCUCUGCAUCUCGUUAUGUUUCCUGGCUACCUCCUGUUUGCUUGGAGUCAUUCAUUCAUCAAGUUGUAUGCACUACUCACAAUCAACGAUGGCGCUUGGAGUGGUCGCAGCACUUAUGAGCUAUUAGGAACGGCUCAUAUUAGGAACAGCUCAUAUUGA